AUGCUGAAAUUAGCUCGCCUUUUCAGAACAGUGACGAUAGCAAGAAAGCUUUGCAACAUUUCCGACGACGACAUGGCCAAGGGAAAGUUUUUCUACGCGGUGAGGAAAGGAUUCAGCCCUGGAGUGUACCACUCGUGGGACGAGUGUAAAGCCCAAGUGUUCAAAUUCCCUUCGGCUAUCUAUAAAAAGUUUGUCUCCGAGAAGGACGCGUGGGCUUUUGUUAGAGGGUCGGAACAAUCUCUGGCCGUUCAGCCGCCCACGGCGACGGAAGCCGAGGUGUAUGCCCUUCCCAAAAAAGGGCCUGAACCGCUGGAGUACAUCCCGCUAGGUAACAAGCGAAGUCACGUCGAGCGGCGGCAGGACGACGAGGCCGCGGUGCCGUCCAAACGCCUCAAACGGGACCGCGACUCCUCUGCGGACGGCGCGGAUGGAUUCACAUACAUGGGCGAUGCGGUGACGGUCUACACCGACGGCUGCUGCUCCAGCAAUGGCAAGCGAGGCGCUCGGGCCGGCAUCGGCGUCUACUGGGGUCCCGGCCAUCCUCUGAAUGUGGCCGAGCCGUUGCAAGGGAGACAAACCAAUCAACGCGCGGAAAUACAGGCGGCGUGCCGAGCGCUGCGGCAAGCCAAGGAACAAAAGAUCAAGAAGCUGGUGGUCUACACGGACAGCAAGUUCACCAUCAACGGCGUCACCAAGUGGGUGAAAAACUGGAAGCUGAACGGUUGGCAGCUCAAGUCGGGGGCUCCCGUCAUCAACAGAGAGGAUUUCGAGACGCUGGACCGCCUCAACCAAGAGCUGGAGGUGGUCUGGAUACACAUUCCGGGUCACGCGGGCUACAGAGGCAACGAGGAGGCCGACCGUCUGUCCAGGGAAGGAGCGGCAAAGUUGUCCCGGUGCUGA